AUGGACGGUGGAUCAAACACCAAUCAGCCGGUUCAUUCCAUCACCGUCCCUUCACAUUCAACAUUCUUUGUUCAAAUUCCUGGCAAUGCAACUACUGGUUAUGAAUGGACGCAAGUAUCUCCAAGUAAACUUGAAUCUGCUGAUUCUGACUACAUUGUGGAUAAGCAUCCUGCGGGUGCGCUUGGUGGUGGAGGAUGCUGGAUGUGGCAAUUUUAUACUGAUAAAGCUGCUAAUUACGCGAUUUCAUUCAUCCAUAAACGAUCAUGGGAAGACUCGGCUAUUGAACGUGUUAAAGUUGAAGUAAAAGUUAAAGACCCAUAA